UGCCACGGACUGUCAGUGAUUGGUUGGUUGGUUUCCUUCAUUCUCAAAAAGGACCCAAAUGAAUCACUGGGUUUGAAUGGAGUUAACGUGUCUGACUGAGGUCAUCCGAGCUCUCUGAGCUGUCACAGGUUGGACACAGAUAGUCCCUAUGAAGGCAGACUCUCUAACUUGGCCCAUCUUGAGUUUUUUCUGAGCUAGUUCAGUUGUGCUUUCUCAGAGAGGGUACACCGUGCUGGGAGGCGUGUCCUGUGCCAGUGUCUCCCAUGUCAUACAAUCAAUUCUAAAUUUCUUGAGUGUCUUUGUUUCAAUUUUUUGGGCUGCCUUGUGAGUACUUGCCCUGGGUGAGCUCCCUCAGAUAGUCUUUUUGGUAAUUUGACAUUUGAACAAUGUGCCCAGCCCAACGCAGUUGGCUCUUCGGUACAGCUGGGAUGUCCGGUAGUUUUGUUCCAUAAAGGACCUCGGGGCCCCAUACCUUCUCCUGCCUUCAGAAUCUCCCUAAGGCAAGUGAAAUGGAAACGCUUCAGUUUCCUGGCCUGGCAGACUGUCCAGGUUUCACAGGCACACAAUGCGGUCUGCGGCUCUGGAGACCUUCAGGUUGUCGGUCAGUCUGACACCUCCCCUCUCCCCCACCUUCCUCAGAUCUCCCAGACAGUGAAUUACCUCUGGCAGUGAGUGCCUGCUCAUACACGCACAAGCCCUGAAACACUCACACACUCUGUCUCUUUCCUUCUUCCUCCCUCCCUCUGCCUCUCUGUCUGUCUGUCUGUCUCACAUACCCACACAAUAACUGAAGAGUUCCAUUAAGGGGGAAUUCCAUUCUCCUAAGGUGGCCUAUUUAACUACUGUGGGCCAGCUCUCCUUAAGCACUUCUCCCUGACAUUGAGCUCCUUGCUCUUUUUUCUUAUUUCUCUUAUAUUUUUACUUAUUUCUUAUUAUUUACUUAUUUCUCUUUGUUCUACCCUCUGGGAGCAAGCAGAACAUCCCUAAUCACAUGAUGCUCUUUAAUGAAUUGAAAGCAUCUAUUAGUCACACUUUCCCCCACCUUCUUUUCUUCCAGUUGAACAUUCCCAGUUCUUAAAAAAUUUUCUUGCUAAGCAUGGUGUCUGCAUCUGUCAUCCUUGCUACUAGAGGAUGGGGUUGGUGGAUUGCUUGAGUUCUGAACUGCAGCAGCUGAAAUAAAUGAACAAACAGGAAUGAUGAAUGAGUACCGACAAUGGUUAGGAGUAGGGGACCAUCAGGUUGCCUAAGGAAGACUGAGGCUGCCCAGAUUGGAAAAAACAGGUUAAUGGUUCCAUGCAGAGCCAUGAGUGACUAUUGUAUAUCCAGUCCUGGGGAAAUUGGGAGCCGCUGUUUCAAAAACAAAAAAGUCACAUGGCAGGCUUGCUAAUGUGUUUCCUAAAAUGAAACAUCCAGAAAUGAACACAGUAUUCUAUGGAUAGCCUGGUAUGUCGAAGGACAGCAUUAGGCUCACCCUCUGAUUGAGUUUGACUUUCACUUUCAUUUUAUUAGAUUUUGUUGGGAGGUUCAAACUGCCAAGACUUUUUUGGAAUACUCUUGCAUCCAAUGUCUCAGCUCUUACUCUAGCUUUGUUUCAUGUAUAAAUUUCAUAAAAGGGCCCCAAAUUUUAUAAGCUUAAAUAAAGGUCUUUAUUUAAGUCACAGAUAAAAAUACUAAAUAGCACUGGUCAAAUAUGGAAUCCUGAGAUCCUUUGCUUCUGAAUGGGCAUGGAGCCAUUAAUCACUGACUUUUGGGUCAUCCCAUUCAGGGAGCCCUAAAGCCACUUAAUUUUUACAAUUGUCUAGCUCUCCAUUUUUAAACAUUUCUAGCUUGGUGCUAGAGUAAACUCACAAAGGCAUAGUACAAAAUAUUUAAAAUUUUUGACAAAUAAUAGGACUUUGGUUAUUUUGGGGGAUGGAGAAUUGCUAUAAAAAAUUUCUGAGACACAGUACACAGUACACAGGGACAUAGUACAUAGAAUACACCGAACUGAGAAAGCGUGAGAGCUCCAGUCUGGCCUAAAAUCUCUUUUUUUCAUUAGUGAGAAUAUUAUGACUUUCUCAAAAUCCUUUGUUAAAACUAUAUACCUACAGUAGUCUUAUGAAAGCUCUACCAACCUAGAAACCUGGUUGAAAAGGGGGAGGAAGAUAGUUCGAUAUGACCUUUUCCUCCUCUGACACUGAAUACUCUCUGACUUAAUGGUGCAUGGGAUAUCUAUUAUGUCUCUUGGAGAACAAAUAUCUACUUCCUAAUCCCCCUUUGGGAAGAACUUUAUAUCCAUGGCUUAUCUUUAAUACCUUCAGUAGUCCUUUCCUUUCUUCUUUGCUGCUUCAACUUCCCAAAUUCUUCCUCUCCUGUCACUUUCCCUUCUUCCUUUUAUACUGACACCCAUUUUUAAAGUAAACAUUUUAUUUUAUUAUACCUAGGAGCGGGGUAAGGCAUUCCUGUUCCUCAAGGCCCUUUGCUAGCUCCUUUUCUAAGAGGAAGCCCAGCCUUCACUCCAGCACAGUCAGACAUUCCCCUUUCCCCACCUCCACCAUCACUUCCUAACUUCCUAUCAUAUGUCCAAAGAUCCACUUACAUACUUGCUCCCACACAGAACUCCAGGACCCUGUUCUGGCUUAUCUGGCUCAAUGGCCAGGGGAGGGGGGGUUGGAAGAGGGGUAUAGAUGGAUGCACCCCCUUCUGACAAACUCUGUCAGGGGGUGGGGGAGAGUAUUAUCCCUCCUGCUGGCUCUUAACAUAGAGGGCCUCAGAGGGCCAGGGUGGGGCUGCCUGUGACCUUAUCUCUGUGCCUUCCGAGAGGCCCUCAGUCCCGGGAUCCUCGCCAUGAAGGCACCCUCCCCUCUUGCCUUCCUGAUCCUGCUGCUGGCUGCCGCUGGUGGUGGCCAAGGUGAGAAACUGAAGGGGGUUGGAUAGGACUCGGCUAGGAGGCCAGUCUCCUGGACUGAUCUGGAACUUUAGCAGACACCUUCCCCAGGAGUCCCCUAGGUGCUGAGGUUGGGGGCGGGGGGCUACAAGAGGAAAGAUGAGAGAUUAUAAGUAGAAGUCUGAAUCCUUCACUCUGUAACUUCUUUCUCAGGACUCCUGGAUUGUGUGGACUGUGGGUGUAUAAGGUGGGGAGGGGAAUGAAAGCCUGGAGGCCCUCCUCCCCAAACUCCCCUUCUUCAUCUCUCUCUUCUUCCUAGCCUCAGUUGGAGGCUGACGGGUUAGGAGUAUUCCAAGGUCUGUCUCACCCCUUACUUCCUAAGGGGCUUCCUUCAGUGCCAGAGCAUUUCUGAGCUCUAAUAUGGCCUUAGGAAAGGCCAAGAUUAGUUUGGAAUGAUGGGAUCAAGGGAGAGAAAGUUCGGGCGCCUGGGAGCUCAGAAAAUUGACCCUCUCUUCAUGGCUCCCUCCACAGAGGCCCGCAGGCCCUUCUGGGUUCAAGCCUUGCCCCGAGAGGUGAGCGUAUCCCCUGGCAGUUCCGUUUGGAUUAACUGCAGCACAAGCUGUGCCCAGCCAGAAGCCUGGGGACUGAUCACUUCACUGACUCAGGGCAAAAAGGUGGCAGGACCAGGAUGGGCCGCUUUCCAGGUGCUGCAUGUGAGGAGGUGGGAUUCAGCGGUCCGAUGCUUCUUCACAUGUGCGGGAGAAACCCAGGAGGCCACUGCCACAAUCAGGGCCUACAGCCCCCCGAGCACCGUGGUCUUGGAACAGCCGCCCCUCCUGGACCUGGGCACCGAGUACCAGUUGCGAUGCCGGGCAUUCUUUGUCUUCCCUGUGGAGAGGCUAACUAUGAUCCUGAAACUCGGGGGCAGAGUCCUGUGGUCCACUAGCUUAGCGGGAUCCGGUGACAGCCUGUACUCAGCCAAUGUGACCUGGACCUUCACACUCCAUCCCCGCCUCCAGGACAUAGGGCAGCUCAUGUCCUGCCAUGCACAGCUUAACCUAAACAGCGUCCUGGUCACUCGAAGCUCCAAGCCCGUGAAGCUCCACUUCCGAGAGAACCCGUUGUCUCGAGUGGUAGCCUGGGUCGCCUUAGCAGCCCUGGCUGGGCUCCUGCUUCUUACGGCUUCAGGUGCGUUCCUCCUGCAGCCCAGGGGCCAGCUGCAGCCAAAAGGCGCCUGCCUCCCCCAGGUGGAAUCCCAGCUGAGAAGGUGUUUGGGACGUUGACAGCAAGAAGUGACGGGACAGAUAAAGGCAGAAAGCCGAGCCCCAAAUAGUGCCUUUGACCCUAUUGGCCUCCUAACAAACUGGAAAGGAUGCUCCUCCUCCGGCCCUCCCUCGGAUCCCCGAGCCAGCCGGCCGUACCGGCUUAAGUUUAAGGAAACGGAAGUUCCAGCCUAGCCACAGUCCUGGGCUCCACGUUGUUGGGCUCUUCGAGCAGCAAAGAACUCGGGUGACCAACCCGGGGGAGGGGAAAGACUUCCAGCGGAGGGGGAAGACACCUGGGUCCAAAUCUCUAUGUUGCUAUAGCUGUGUGGUCUUGAGCAAACUACUGAGCCGUGGUUUUUCCUCCUAAAAAAUGAGAAUAAUCCCUACCUCACUGGUAGUAAGUAA